GCUAAAUGCUGUAAGUGUUCCUCUCAGAUGAGAAUGAGGCGUAGGGCGCAUCGUUGUCAUUCCCGUUUCCUGUCUUCAUGAUUGUUGAUGAAGAGCGAGCAGUGAAACACAGGGGGCUGGAAAGCGACACUCCAUGCGCCAUGGCCCGGGAUAAAAAGGAUAGAGAUAGCUGGGGGUCUUUUGUGGACAAGCAUGUAUUUGAGUGGAGUUCUGAGGACGAGGAGCCAGACGGUAAGGCUCGACCAGUGCAGGUUCUGUUGGUGAAGGAUGAUCACACGUUCGAGCUGGACGAGGCAGCGCUGAGUCGUAUCCUUCUAGCUAAAGACAUCAGAGACAGAGAGAUAGUCGCGAUAUCUGUUGCUGGAGCUUUCCGGAAGGGGAAGUCCUUUCUUAUGGACUUCAUGCUACGCUACAUGUACAACCAGGCAAGUGAAGACUGGGUGGGAGAUCCUGAUGUGCCUUUGACAGGAUUCUCAUGGAGAGGAGGCUCUGAGAGAGAGACCACCGGCAUCCAAAUCUGGAGUGAAGUCUUCCUGGUGGACAAACCGGAUGGAAACAAGGUGGCAGUGCUGCUGAUGGACACACAGGGAACGUUCGACAGCCAGUCCACACUGAGAGACUCAGCUACUGUAUUCGCUCUCAGUACCAUGAUCAGCUCCAUGCAGGUGUAUAACAUAUCACAGAAUGUUCAGGAGGAUGACUUGCAGCACCUGCAGCUCUUUACAGAAUAUGGUAGACUGGCCAUGGAGGAAACGUUCCUCAAACCAUUCCAGUCAAUGAUUUUCCUGGUGAGAGAUUGGAGUUUUCCAUACGAGUUUCCCUACGGACAAGAGGGAGGGAUGAAGUUCCUGGAGAAAAGACUAAAGAUUUCAGAGAACCAGCAUGAAGAGCUGCAGAACGUUAGGAAGCACAUUCACUCCUGCUUUACCAACAUCUCCUGCUUCCUCAUGCCACAUCCCGGCCUCAAGGUCGCCACCAACCCCCACUUUGAUGGCAGACUCAAGGAGAUCGAUUCAGAGUUCAUCGGUAACCUGAACGUGCUGGUGCCAUGGCUACUGAGCCCCAAAAACCUGGAUGUAAAAGAAAUCAACGGCAGCAAGAUUACCUGCAGAGGCCUGCUGGAGUAUUUUAAGGCAUAUAUAAAGAUUUACCAAGGGGAAGAGUUGCCUCACCCAAAGUCCAUGCUACAGGCCACUGCAGAGGCGAAUAACCUGGCGGCUGUAGCUGCAGCUAAAGACCUGUAUAACCGAAAGAUGGAGGAGGUGAGUGGGGGUGAUCGGCCCUUUCUAGCUCCGAGUGAGCUGCAGGCUCGUCAUGCAGUGAUCCGUGACGAAGCCCUAGCUGUGUUCCGUGGUGUGAAGAAGAUGGGCGGUGAGGAGUUCAGUCGCCGCUACCUGCUGCAGCUGGAGGGAGAGAUCGAUGAGCUCUUUGUGCAGUACAUCAAGCACAACGAUUCCAAGAACAUCUUCCAUGCAGCGCGGACGCCCGCCACGCUCUUUGUGGUCAUCUUCAUUAUGUACGUGGCAGCGGGCAUCACAGGCUUUGUGGGCGUGGAUGUGAUCGCCAGCGUGUGCAACAUGGUUCUGGGUUUCGCUCUGAUCACGCUCUGCACCUGGGCCUACAUCCGCUACUCCGGCGAGUACAGAGAGCUCGGAGCCCUCAUAGACCAGGUAGCUGGAGCACUGUGGGACCAGGGAAGCACUAAUGAGGCUCUGUAUAAGUUGUAUAACGUGGCUGCCAAUCAUAGGCAGCUGUACAACCAUGCCUUCCCCAGACACCAGACUGAGCAACAACCUGAACAGGAUAAGAAGAGAAACUGAGCACACACACACACUUACACAUAACACACACACAAACACACACAGGCCCAAAUGUACACCCACUCUGUCGAAGAGAUGCUCCGGCCAUAGUACACUUGAGCUUUUUUGGAUCAUGCACGUGACAUCAUGGAGAGAGAGAGAGAAAGAGAAAUCAGGAGAAAUAGAAAAUGCAACAAAGUUCACAUUAUCACUGUAUAAGGAACAAAGGUCAGAUUCAGUUGCCAUGGCAUCUUAUGCCAAUUAUAGCUCAUAGAAGUCCAGUGUAAUGUAUCAUAGCUGCUGGAAAACCAGUAAUGUAGAUUGGAAUCAUAAGAUCUAGAUUCAACUCAGCCUGGAUUUUCCACUAACAAGAUGUUGGUACUACUUCAGGGAACCAGUGAACCCCUUCUCCACUGGGGUAAAAGCCCUGUAACGGUUCCAAAAUCAGAGCAUAUCUUACCAUCCAAAGUAAAAUUCAUAAUAUGCAAAAUUACUAUAUUAUAAGUUACUAUCUAAAGUCAGAAAAAUACAUUGUCAGGUGUAUUUGGAACAUGGCAUACAUGUGUGGCACUUCUCGCAUUAAUAAACAUUAAUAAAGUUGCUCCCAUCCAUUUUUAUUUUUUUUAGGACAACAAAUAUCAUGUUUGUUUGUCAUGUUUUGCAAAUUCUUAGAAAGAUAAUGAUCGGAUGAACUUCUCGUCAGACCAACCACAGUUUGCUUUUAGAGCUGUAAUUAUUUUUUCCAUCCAAGAAUCACAUCUUUUGCAGUGGAAACUCCGUGUUCUCAGAUUAGGCACUGGCACCUUGUUGGAGGAAGAAGGCUAUGAGAUGAAUACUGUUCCAUCUAAGCAGAAACUGUGCAUGUGGAUAGUCUCAUGUAAGCGUCUUGUGUUGUAUUGUUUUGUUUUAUGUUGUCCAAGAUAGUUUAAAUCACUUGGUUCCGAAAAAUGUGAACUUGCCAAGAUUGCUGAUUGACCGGAUUAAGAAAUAUCAUCUUAGGGUCUCCUGGAUGAGGUUAAAAGUGCAGAGGAUAAGAAGAUUUGAACAUCCACAUCAAAUCGAUCGGUUUUCUUUAACAUUUUCACUCAAGUUUCAUUGCUAACGGUGCCUCUUCCCAUAUUACAUCUUAGCAGUGAUUAUAUAUAUAUAUAAUAACUGUGGGACUCAAAAGCAGGCAUGAUUGGUCUAUAAUUCCUAGGACUGGACAAACCUUUUAAGAAAAUGGGAAGUAUUGGUCAGAAUUUCAAGCAAUGUUGUAGAUUUGUCUAGUCUAGAGUUCCUUUGGGAAUCAGAAAAACAGUGAAACAGUCUGAGGCAAUCAGUUUAGUCCAAAAUUUCUGUAGGAAUGGACAGGAUUGGUCAGACUUUAAGAUGGAGUGGUGUGGAUUUGUCAAGAAUUUUCUUGGAAGCAGGGACGAUUGGUCUAGAAUUCCUUUGGGAGCCAUAAGAACAUUCUGGGGGAAUAGGCAGGAUUUGUUGAGAAUUCCUCUAAAAAAAAGUAGGCAGGAUUGAUCAGACUUUCUGAGGGAGUGGGCAGAUUUGUCAAGAUUUCCUUCAAGUCAGGCAAGAUUGGUCAAGAUUUCCUUUAGGAGUCAGAAGAACUGGUCAGAUUUUCUGAGGGAGUGGACACAUUUGGUCUAUAAUUCCUUUAGGAAUGGGCAGGAUUGGACAAACGUUUUAAGAAAAUGGGCAGUAUCGGUCAGUCUGACGGAGUUUCUUUUGGAAUCAGGUAAGAUUGGUAAGGUUUGGUCUACUAUUUUGAGGGAAUAGGCAGGAUUUGUCAAAGAAAUCCUUUGGGAUAGGCAAGAUCAAGAAUUCCUUUGGACAGAAUAUUUCUGAGGGGCGUGGUAGAGAUUUGACAAGAAUACCUUUGGGAGUAAUUGGUCAGAAUCUCAGUGGGUGUGGACAAGGUUGAUCAAAUUUUCUGAUCCCUAUAUUAUAUAAAUAUAUAUAUAUAUAUAUAUAUAUAUAUAUAUAUAUAUAUAUAAAUAUAUAUAUAAAAAGUAUACACACACACACCCUCCUCCAUAAAUGCCUUGAAUCUUAAAUCAUUAAGCAUUAAUCCUCUUUUGAUUUUAUAACACAACGUAAAUAUAAAUCUUACCCUCUGUGCUUUUAAUAAAUAAAUACAUCAGUAUCCUGGCAAUUAAAGGCAAGUUUUUGUGUGUGCCGGUAAUUGAAUGAUGCUGAGUUGAUGCCGAAGGUAUAAGAGCGAUAUAGCAUGGUUCACUCAAGUGUAUAAGUGUCGUGCUGAAUGAGCUUAGGUUCAUUCCGUACAUGUGCUGUUCCUGCCUGAAGUGUGGCCAGAUGACUGUAGCUCCGCCACAGUUAAGGAAUCCAUUUAUUCACUAUAAAUAAACAUAAUCUAGUACACUUCUGCUAUUCUUGCUGUACAUACACAAUAUUCACAGACAUACACACACAGCACUAAAAAGCAGAGAAGAAUCUGUGCUGAUGGCUAUGGAACACUAUCCUGGCUGGGUUACACUCAUUGUUUUAUUUUGGUACAAGUGUCUUGUUUUAUGUUGAAUCCAGUGCUAUUUAUAAAGAAUUAAAUAUUACAUGUUUAAA